CCCAACUCCAGCGAUCCAGAGAACCUGGAGGAGACAGGGAGCACAGCCGACACCGCAGGCCCAGGCAGCAAGGUAAGGGAACCCGCCUCCACCUCCAAGUCCAGGGAAGCCCCAACGGUACGUCGAUGAUAGCACCGAACCCGACGCCCGAGCCUUCCGAAGACUACGUAGCCUCACCAGGUACACGCCCCCGUUGAAACGGCUCUUCGGCCCUCUCGCGAGAGAGUGCCUGGUGGUGCCUCCUUCCUUUCAGCUGUCUUUCUCUCCCCGCCCCCAGAGUGCUCGCACGGCUUCCUCCGGUGGGCGGUAGCCUUGGACGUGGCGGGGCCGGGCCAGCCUGGGCGCCGGGCCUCGGGUGCUCUGCUUAGCUGCUCGGCAGCUGGCCUUCCGCGCCCCCGUCAAGCCCCCGACAGGCCCGGUGCCUUCCCAGUUUGAGGCGGGUCAGGAGAAUGGCUUCAGAGAUUGAGUCGUCGCUCGAGGAGAGCUUCUCGUCCAGCGGUGCUAUGUCAGGCGCCUCAGCGUUUCUGCCUCCGGCUCGCUCCCGCAUCUUCAAAAUAAUCGUGAUUGGCGACUCCAAUGUGGGCAAAACGUGCCUGACCUACCGUUUCUGCGCCGGCCGCUUCCCUGACCGUACCGAGGCUACUAUCGGGGUGGACUUCCGAGAACGAGCGGUGGAGAUUGAUGGGGAGCGUAUCAAGAUCCAGCUAUGGGACACGGCGGGACAAGAACGAUUCAGAAAGAGCAUGGUACAGCACUACUACAGAAAUGUACAUGCUGUUGUCUUCGUGUAUGAUAUGACCAACAUGGCGAGUUUUCAUAGCCUGCCGUCUUGGAUAGAAGAAUGCAAACAGCAUUUGCUAGCCAACGAUAUACCAAGGAUUCUUGUUGGAAAUAAAUGUGACUUGAGAAGUGCCAUUCAGGUACCCACAGACUUGGCACAGAAAUUCGCUGACACGCACAGUAUGCCUUUGUUUGAAACCUCUGCUAAAAACCCCAAUGAUAAUGACCAUGUGGAAGCUAUAUUUAUGACCUUGGCUCAUAAGCUUAAGAGCCAUAAACCAUUAAUGCUUAGUCAACCCCCUGAUAACGGAAUUACCCUGAAGCCUGAACCAAAGCCUUCAAUGACGUGCUGGUGCUAAAUAACAGUCUUUAUUAUACUAUCUAAUUUUGACGACAAAUACUUUUGAAGUAUGACAGUGAAAAGUCAUAGAAUUUAAUCUGAAACAUAAUGGAUGGUCCUGACACUUUACUUUUUAUCAUUGUCAUGCUUAUUUUUGUGUUUUGUACCUACUUAAUCAAGUUUGUCAGGGUGACAACACAAGGAAAAAGUUUUCAAGUGAGGUUGAAAUGAGGUUAGGAUGAAUCAGAGCAUCUUUCCAUUGAGAGCCCAAUGAAGGAAGCUUCACAUGAGAACAUGAUGGAAUUUUAAGAGUCACUAAUUGUUUAAUCCUGUGUUCCUGGGAUUGAAAAAAUAUAUUAAGGGUUUAGUAUAUUUGUUGGUAUGUCCUUUGAAUGAGAAGUGUUCUCAAUAGGAUAAAAACUGAUAUUUGCCUCUCCCUCAAGUUGUUUCUUUGUAUUAUUGGUUUAUGUAAUUGCAUUAUAAUUGGUAUAUUUUAGAGCCAAGACUUUAGUUCUAGUGGGAAGAGAAGGUGUAAAAUGUUUUCUGGUUCUCAGUCCAUAAAGAAUGACUUUUCCAACAGUUCUAGAUGAUAUAUAUUUCUAAUCAAUAUCAAUCAGGUCUACAAAAAUUAUUGUUAUUUUUAAAAGAGUAAUUUGAAUUGUUUUCUUACUAAAUUCUUUAAAAUAUGCAGAAGUAAAUCAGAUUUUAAUGCAAAAGACAUGACAUAAUAAGGUGCUUUAUACUUUGUUUUGGUAUUUUUAAGCGGUGAAAAACUAAC